CUCUGACAUCUCAAAGCCAACACUAAUCUUCUUCAUCAGCCAUGCCAGACGAAGAAAUGCCAGAGGCAGGAAUCAGCAGCAGCAACUGGGAUGAGACCAUGGAAAUGGCUUUGUUCUAUGCCGCCAUCAAAUUCAAGCCCGUCGGAAUGCAUAAACACUUUCGAAUGAUCAACCUUCACAAACACUUCAACAAACUCUCACAUACGCCAUGCACGAUAGCCGAACUCUGGGAGAAACUGGGAACUAUGUACGAUCUUCAAACAUUGGAUGAGAGAGAAGACUCUGGGAUGCUCGUGGAAGAUGAUGAGAUAGAUGAUGAUGCCAGCGAUGGAGAGAGGGAUAUCAUCAGCUUUAAAAAUAGUGAGGAGUUUGUAUUACCCUUACACGAGUUUGAUCAUCUUGUCACGGAAAUUGUACCAGAAGCGUCUAGGAACCCAUCACCUUCACCCAUAAGAACUACAAGGGGUCACCGAGAGGGAUCACAGACACCCUCCCUCCAGGGUUCGAGUCGUGCCUCUUCGGAUGAAGAAGAAUCACCAAAGAAAAAGCGUGCUUCUCGGACGGCGAAAAAAUCGGAUGUAAACGAGACAUCCAGUCCGAGAACAUCGAGCAAUUCAUCCACCCGAACUCGCGCUACACGUGCAAAAGCUGAGCCUGUCCCUGUCACUCGUGGUCGCAAAACUGGCAAAAAGUAAUGGAUCAAGUCUGAUCGAGGAUAUGAACAACCAACCAAACUAAAUAGGCUAUCAGUUGUUUCUCAUGUUAAAUGGCGCGUUUGUGAAAACAGACUACAUACAAUCUAAUAAAUCAUGUACUAUAGAAC